AUGGCAGGAUCCAAAAAGCCCAUCAACAUUUUCCAAUUGGGAACCAACGAUGACCCCAAAGAAAUCUUCAACCGGCACCUCUGGUUCUCUGUAAUCUCCUUUGGCUUGAUGGGCACGGCGCGAGGUAUCGACGAGGGGCUCAUCACCGGUACCUUCAACUCGGCUGAUUUCCAACGAACCAUAAACUUCCAGUCCUACAGCACAGUGGAACAAGCUAAUAUUCGAGGAAAUGUAUCCUCCAUGGUGCAGAUUGGAUCUGUCGGGGGUGCUCUAAUUGCGUUCUUGGUAUGUGACCGGGUUGGUCGCGUGUGGGCAACACGCCAACUCUGUGUUCUUUGGAUGCUAGGUAUAGCCAUAUUUAUGGCUGCGGAUGGCAGUUUAGGCGUGAUAUACGCUGGAAGGUUUGUUGCUGGCCUGGGGGUCGGACAGACAGUGGUAGUUGGGCCGUUAUACCUAGCUGAAAUUGCCCCAGCGAGUAUUCGAGGUCUCUGUACCUGCAUCUUCACCGGAUUCGUAUAUAUUGGCGUUUUGCUGGCUUAUUUCACAAACUAUGGAUGCGAGGUUAAUCUUGGUGAUAAUACGCAUAACCGAUGGCUCGUGCCAACCAGUUUACAUAUUAUGUUCGCCGGAAUCAUACUUAUACUGUCCUUCUUCCAGUAUGAGUCGCCCCGCUACUUAGUGAAGCAGUCAAAGGAUGAACAAGGCCUGCACACCCUUGCUCAGCUCCGCAAACUAUCCCCCGAUCAUCCAUACGUGGUUCGCGAGUUCGGAGCAAUUCAAACAGCAUAUCAAAUAGAAGUACAAGAAACUCAGGGGAUUGGAUACAAGAAAAUCGUCAAGGAGGCCUUCUCGAGCAGUAAUAUUCUCUACCGACUACAUAUUGUAUCCUUAGCCCAAAUCCUCGCACAAUGGUCUGGGGCCGGAUCUAUCACAAUUUACGCACCCGACCUGUUUAAACUGCUCGGGAUCACGGGAACGAACGAGUCACUCCUCAUCACGGCAGUGCUUGGGGUCUUGAAAUUCAUAGCAGCCAUCAUCUGCGCUUUAUUUCUGGUCGACUAUAUCGGUCGGAAACGCUCGCUGCUGCUCGGAAUCAGCCUCCAGGCGUUCGCCAUGAUUUACAUAGCGGCAUUCCUCACCACCGUGCCAGAAUUAGGGGUGGUCGACGGCUUCAAACUUCCAAACUCUAUGCGCAGCGCGAGUCGCGGGGCAGUUGCCAUGAUCUACAUCUCAGGAUUUGGAUGGGCGCUCGGGUGGAAUUCUAUACAGUAUCUUCUUACUGCGGAGCUGUUUCCCUUGCGCAUCCGUGCACUAGCAACCUCUAUUACCAUGACUCUACAUUUUGUCAAUCAGUAUGGCAACUCGCGGGCGGUUCCAGACAUGCUGCUCCCUGUUUCCGCAGGGGGGAUCAGUCCAAAGGGCACGUUCUGGCUGUUUGCGGCCGUCACGAUUCUUGGCGGACUGUGGGUGUGGUUUAGUGUGCCGGAGACCGCAGGCCGGACAUUGGAAGGCAUGGACAGGCUCUUCGAGCUUCCUUGGUAUCGAAUCGGUCUAUAUGGCAAUGCGGAUGCUGUGCAGCGAGAUUUGACCGCCUCGGACCAGGCGGAGGGUGAAAAUAAUGUUAACGGUCCCAAGGAUUCGCAGCCGUCUGCUCGAGAGAUUGAGAGGGUCUGA